UAAUAAUAUCGUGUGUGUACGUGUUUUUUUAUGGCAUUUAACAUAUGUGUCUAUCAUGUCUAUGUUCUAAAGAAAAUGAACUAUCUUUGAAAGGUGAAUAUGGAGAAAAGUGUAUCAUACUCUACAAAGGAUUGGGAUGAUGUUCCAGACGUUCCUCUUCUCCACGUGUCAUAUCUCAUUCAUAUAUUAUUACCAAGACGCCAUUUUGGGCAUGAUCGACUUCUGAUAAAAAAAACCCAGAAAAUUCUUGAAAGACUUUCCUAUGUAAAGGAGUUUAUUCCAGACAAGUUACACAUUGUUCCUGUCGGAAGUAAGUUAGAAGGUUGUGGGAUACCAGUUGCUGUCAGAUUGACUGAUGAACCAUAUAUUGAAUAUAUGUCUGAUUUCGACGUAAUGCUUGUGCGAGAUGAAUUCUCGACUUUGACCAAAGAAUUUGAAAAAGAUGGAACGAAAAUGUCAGUUUUUAUUGAGACUGCUCAAACUCACCCUGGAUAUGGACGUGUACGGUUCGCUUCUACAGUGAAACAUGGCACAAACAUGACAAACAACACACUGAUACAUCACGGUGGUCAAUCAGAUGAAUAUUAUUUGAACUUUUCUGCGAUAAUGCGCGAACAGGCUGACAUGAUGGCAACACAUACAAAUGAUGGUUUGAACUAUAAUCAACAUGGUCCAGCCAUUACUGCAGACGACCCAGUGCCUAUGACACUGGAAAGAUUGAAAACAACAAAACUGAUUUACCCCCUAGACUGUAUAUUUGCUAUUCCUUGUAAUUCGUGGCCAGAAUGUGCAAUACCAUGGAUUAAGCGAAAACGCACUAAUGAUUGGCUGUAAAUUGACACUAUUAACUUGAUUAUAUCCGCGGGAUUCCAUAUGGUACCAGUAGCUCACCGAUUAAGCAGUAAUCCUGAAAUUGAGUGGAGACUGUCAUUUGCAAAUGCUGAAAAAAUACUGGCUGAACAGGCGGUCACUUCAGCGCAACGACAAUGUUAUAGUUAUCUUAAAAUCUUACGUAAACAUACUAUGGAGGAAGACACUAAAUUUUCAUCUUAUUACCUUAAAAACGUAUUUUUAUAUUGUUGUGAAGAAUUACCAGUUCGAAUUUGGGAGGAAAACCCUGCUGGAUGUGUUUUGUACAUGCUAGAUAUUCUUUUAGAAUGCGUUCAAAAAAGAAACAUCCCUAGUUACUUUUUACCAGAAAAUAACUUGAUAGAUUAUUUAGAUGAUGCGGAAUUACAAUCCAUCGAAUCAGCUUUUCAAACAAUCCGUUGUAAUCCGAUUGCACCAAUUUUAGAAUUCACAGAUUCAAGAAUGUUCUGUUAUGGUCAGGAAAGCUUAAGUUAUAGGACAACUUUCCGAAGCAUUGUUCAGCUAGUACUAAAUGAAAUUGUUUCAAUUAAAGAUGUUGAUAUUGGUAGAACCGUCUUAGGUUGCUUCACUGAUAUCCAAUAUAACAUUGCAAUAGUGAUGCUUGGCGAGAAGCGGACAUCGUUUUCAUACCAUUUGGAUUUUUAUCACCAUUUUGUACAGAAAUAUAUACAGAUGUCUUUUGUGGAAUAUGUUAAUUAUAUGGGUAUAGUUUUAGAAAAGCCUUCUUAUGCGUUAACGUUUUAUGAGAAAUGUUUGGCUGGGGUAGAAAACUUCACAGAACUUGAAUAUUUGAAAGGAAAUAUGGCAUGCAUGUGUUUUGCUUUAUCACUAACUCAUGAUGAUAAAUCGAAAGAAAGAAAAUUGCGAUUAUACUAAGCAGAGAAUAUUUACAACGAAGUACUGCAAAAUAGUGGUAUUCAUUAUGCUAGCACCAUUAACUUUGCAAACUUUCUAUGUUAUAGCGAAAGAUGGAAAGAUGUAAUUCAGUUGCUUGAAAAAUUCAUUGAGGCAGAGAGAAAACGACCAUCGUCAAUGCAUAACAGUUAUCACCCUAACGAAUCUAUAACACUGAAUCUUCAGCUUCAAAUGGAGGUCAAAUAUCGAGGCUGCUUCUUUGCAAGUUCUUUGUCAUUUGCAUAUUAUUUCCUAAUAAAAGCAGCUAUUGCAAUAAAGUUGCCAAAAGUGUUAGAUAUUAUGGAAAGCUUUGAAAUGCACGGCCAUUCUGUGAACAGUUAUGGAGAUCAUAGACUUCUAGAAUAUAUUAGACUUGACACUAAAGAAUACAUUCUAUCAGAGCUAGCUUUUUCCUACAGCUCUUAUUUGCAACGAACACCGGCUAAAAAGCCACAUCGGGUUGUAAACCUGAAAACAGAUUUCAAAUAUUGUCUCAUCGUAGCUUAUCUGCUAUAUGACAAUGCUGCUAAAGCAACAAAUUUACUUUUCAAAAGGAGAUUCCUGUGUAUUGAUACAAGUGACCUUUACUUGUUUUGACAAUGAUCCGUUUACAGUUUGUUUGCUAAUUCUUUUACACAGUAAAUAAGUAUGAAAAAG